AUGGACAACGAAGCAGCAUUGAGAAGGAUGAUCGAGCAGGUUGAACAAAUGCGACAACAACACACUGCCGAUGAUGGAAGUCACUUGGAGAAGAUUAUUGUUCUUCAAGCUUCUGGCAAUCGAGCGAGCAUCCGCCGCCACCCUUUUGUGGAUGGCAUUAUGGAGACCCCCCUACCUUUCGGCUGGAAACCCCUCCACAUCGACCGCUACGACGACAUGACGGAUCCAGACGAGCACAUUGACCUGUAUAUCACGCAGUUACCUGCUGAGUUGAUAGACAACUUCGACACCUUGGUAAGGCGAUUCAUGGCGCAGUAUGCCACGAGUCGCCCUCACCACGUCACCUCCGUCGCCUUGGCCAGUCUUCGACAAGGCGAUGAUGAGUCACUAAGGGCGUUCAUGGAGCGCUUUGCCAGCAUCUCGGUGAAGAUUCAUAACCUAAACCCCGAGGUCGCCCUGCACGCCAUGCUGAUGGCGCUCAAGCCAGGCCCUUUUGUUCGCGGAAAAUCACAAGCAAAGCCUGACAAUGGUCACAAAGACAAGAUGAAGGUUACCAAUGACAGCCAGUUCAAGAAGAUUGCCAGGGCAAAUAAGGGGGGAAGAUACGACUUCUACACUCCCCUGAAUACGCCCCAGGUACACAUCCUGGAGGAAGCCAGUAACAGCAACUUGCUCACCCUACCACCACCAGGUCACACUCCUAACAGUGCAGACAAAUCCAAGCACUGCCGAUACCACAGCAACCACGGUCACACCAUUGAAGAGUGUCGCACACUCCAGGACCGUAUCGAGGAACUCAUCCAGGCGGGCCACCUCGGCCAAUACGUCCAACGACAGUAG